AUGACGAGUAUAGACGAACUAUUCAAGGGCGUCGGAAGCAAGCGCAAACUCGAACCCCUCCGAGACCCAAACCAAAUCUACAAAUCCGCCCGCCUCAACGGCCACUCGAGCUCUUCCAGUAGUCGGCACGCUCAAGUCGAAGACGAGCCCCCGACAGAAGACGAUGACACAGAAGCCGGGCCUGCGCUCCCACCUGACGACGAAGAUGAGGAAGGCGACUACGGCCCCUCCCUGCCUCCUGACGACAACGGCGACGAUGACGAGGGCCGCUUCUUCGGUGGUGGCGUCUCGGCGGCACAGAACGAGAUCCUAGACUAUGUCGACGGCCAGGAUGGUGCCCUACCCCAAGACAAGAUCGACGUACACUGGUUGCGCAAGACGGCCCUGAACUUCGAGAAGCGCAUAUCCAAAAACGCCGAACUGCGAGCAAAGUAUGAGGCCGAUCCGUCCAAAUUCAUACAGUCCGAGGCUGAGCUCGACGCCGACGUUAAGGCGCUGAGCAUCCUGAGCGAGCACCCAGACCUAUACUCCGAGUUUGCCAAGCUAGGGUGCGUGGCCAGUUUGGUGGGGCUGCUGGCGCAUGAGAACUCGGACAUUGCCAUUGAUGCGCUAGAAAUAUUGAACGAGUUGACCGACGACGAGGUGGCGGCCGAGGAGGCUGAUUGGGGUGCGCUGGUCGACGCCGCCCUCGAGGCCGACUUGCUGGGCUUGGUGGUCAGUAAUCUCGAGCGCUUGGACGAGAAAGAAGAGGUGGAUCGAAACGGCGUCUAUCAUGCACUCAACGUCGUCGAGAACCUGUGCAGUAGGAUUGCGACGGCCGAGGUGGUGGGCAAGCAGGACAUGCUUUUGAAGUGGCUGCUGGGACGAAUACAAACCAAGGAGAACCCCGUCGGUCAGAACAAGCAAUACGCCGCCGAGAUACUGGCCAUUCUAGUGCAGAGCUCCAAGAAGAAUCGGCGCAAGCUUGCUCAAAUCGACGCUGUGGACAUGAUGCUGCAGCUCGUUGCCGCAUAUCGAAAGCGUAACCCAGAGAAAGGGGGCGAAGAGGAGGAGUACAUGGAGAACCUGUUUGAAGCCUUGACCUGCAUCGUCGACGAAGAGGACGGAAAGACAAAGUUUAUCGAAGCUGAAGGCGUUGAGCUAUGCCUUAUCAUGCUGAAGGAGGGCAAGAUGAGCAAAGUGGCCUCACUGCGAUUGCUCGACCAUGCCGUCGGCGGGCCGACAGGCGCCCACGUUUGCGCCAAACUCGUCGAGGCGGGGGGGCUGAAGAACAUAUUCACGCUAUUCAUGAAGAAGAGCGAUGACAGCGAAACGGCAGAGCAUCUCGUUGGCAUCUUUGCGUCGUUGCUACGAUUGCUGCCGGCCGGUUCCGGAGAGCGCAUACGAACAUUGGCCAAGUUUGUGGAAAAGGAUUACGAGAAGACGGUGAAGCUUGUCAAGCUGCGGCGCGAGUAUGCCGCACGACUGGAUAAAGAAAACGAGGCCAUCCAAGCACAACAGGCCCUGCUGAGCGUCGACAAACGAGAGCAAAUGGCCGACGAGUGGUUCUCUCGUAAGCUGGAUGCAGGGCUUUUCUCGUUGCAGACCAUCGACGUUGUGCUCGCAUGGCUCGUGGCCGAGGAUGCGGGGGCGCAGACAAAGAUUAUGGCUUUACUUGCUGAAAGGGACGAGACGCUUCGUGUGAUCAAACAGACGAUACAGGAACAACUCGAAGGCAUGGAUGCCGACGACGAUGAGGGCAAGGACACCAGAGAUAUGUUGGCGACCUUGGUCAAGUUCUUACAAUAA